CGAUUGCGUGUAAGCGCAACACGCGAUGUUAUGCGACGUUCCGAAGGCCGGCUGUCAAGGUAGAACGCGUAUAGCGGCGAGAGGGCAACGGCCGGACAUCGUACCCGCCGCCGCGGCCAAGUGCCGGGGCGGUGACAGCGAGAGAGACACAUCCGCGGCGGCGGUGGGUAUACCGGUUUUAUACGCGCGAACCGAAUCGCGUUCCCGGGAGCGGGACGGCGGGAACCGGCCGCCCCGGACGCGUCGGCAGGUUCCCGCCGGAGGCCAUCAGGUCGGGGGCCCGGGGCCCGGGGCCGUCCGCCGUCCCAUCCAUUUUUCAGUUCUCGCCACGUCAGGAACGAUCGCAGCCGCGCAGCCCGACGAUCAUGCUCGCCCUACGCGGCCUCCUCCUCGUCAUCGCGGCCUGUCGCGUCGCCGUCGCGAAGCCCCCCGCGCCGGUCUACGAUCAGCGGCAGACCGGCGACCUGAACGUGCAGAUCGAGCUGAAGGAUGUGCAGGUGGUCGCGCUACUCAACUCCGAGCUCCUCGACGACUACACGGACUACGAUUACUUCUACGAUUACGCCGACUUUACCCUCAAGCCGGGCAACAGGCCCACCACGACGAGCCCCGCGACGUCGACCACGGAGAAAAACGAUAUCAUGCAGGUUUCCGAGCCGAUCCCGUCGCAAAACUCGACCGUCUCGGCGUCCGCCGGUGAUACAAGCCCGUCCGCGAGCGACGCAACGCCAUCCAAGGACGAAGAAGCCCCGCCGCCGGAUGCUGAUCCGUCGAAUGGUACCGCGAGCGAUACGACGCCCUCCAAGGACGAGGGAAUCCCGAACGCUGAUCGGUCGAAUGGUACCGCGAGCUCGACGCCGAAUGCGGACAACGAUAAGGGUCAGCCGAGCGAGGAGGAGGAUGGGGUCGGAACGGCUCCUUCGACCACGGUGAAAGCCGUGCACGCCCUGCGGUCGCAGAAGCGCUGCAAAUCUGGAUACGUUCCGAACGGCAACGGACGCUGUCGACGAGCGAGUCGGCCGUGGCUGACUCGCCUGUUGCCGUGAGUAAAACCGCGACGAUGCAGGAUGCCCCUCCCCGAGAGAGAUCGAUCGGUCCUCCUUUGGUCGACAGGAUUCGGGCAGAGAUGCGGGCUGGGAGUAGACUUAGAAAUAAAUGUCCUUUGGAGAUGUGCCAUACAUGCAUCGAGUUUAUGCCUUCGCAACGGUGAAACAAAUCCCACAAUUGGCACUUUAGCGAUGAUUAUCUCUUAGCAUUCGGUGCGCUUCCUUUUGUCCCGCAGUCCUCUACAGCGAACUUUUGACCCUGGCGAACGUCGGAAGAAUCUUUCCUAAAAAAUGUAAAACAUUAUUAAAAUAUACUCAUAGGAGAGGAAACGCAUACAUUCUUAUAAAAAUCUCGCAAAAGUUUGCGAUGUUUCCUCCGUUCUCAUUUUAACUCUCGACUCCUUUUGAUCGUCACGCUUGGGUUUCCGCUCGAACGUUAGUCUGUAACUCGCAAUUAGCCGCGCCGUUGAGAUUCGCGAUACAAAAUCAUCUGUGUGUUGCUUCCGUCCGUGACGACGUUGAUGUACGGGCCGAUCGUUCCCACGCCAAUCGACGUGAUUCUGUAAUCCUGCGGCGAGAUGGA